AUACGAAUGCUUCAUAAAAUGAGCUAAAAUCCAUAUUUUAAAUUGAUCAGUUUGUAAACAAUGGAACAUUUUGGUGAAACGAAGACGAACGAAAUUCGACAUUUACAUGACUUUUGUUUAACUGGAUGAGAUUAACCAAAGAAAUGAAAAAAAGUUAAAUCAAUUACAAUUGAACAGAAACUUAAUUGGUGGUGAUUAAAAUGUAAAAACAGUAACUUUAUUCAACAGAUUCUGUUCAACAGUGUCUCAUAUUGAACCCGGUUAAUUCAAAUUAACCGUUUGCGGUUCACACUACCGCUUAUAAUAAUUCUUAUUAUUAUAAACUUAUUAACAAUUUGAUCUUUUCAUUCAUCUAAUUAAAAAUAAAUCAUUAAUUUUUUCUUUCCACGUGGUCUAUUACGACUUCAUUAGCCAUCAAUAUCUUUUUUUCAAGCCUUUGGUAAGGCUCAUUUUCCCUUUUCGUAUUUUCAUCAGCAAUUAUUUUAUCAACCUUUCUAUUUCCAGGUAUUCCUGAAUCACUUAUAUUCAUACUAAAUUCAAAUAAAUUUAGAAGUUUUUUAAAAGUUAUCAUUCAAAUUAACCAAUUUUACACAACAAAAAAAUUAAAUUGUCACCGGGAAAUGAGAAACUUUCGCCAUCUAGUGAUCUGGAUUUUUUCUUUUUAAAUCAACAAUUGAUUAAUGAGAGUCAAUUUAUUCCAGUUUAUGAAAAUUUAUUCUUUCUUUAGAAUUUUCAUUUAUUUUCUAGAAAUAAUUAAAUUUGUAACAAUGGAAUUGGGUGAUUUACCUUACGAUUGUUUAUCGUAUAUAUUUGAUUGUUUUUCGAAUUUAAAACUGCUUUUGAAUCUGUCAACAGUUUGUAAGCAAUGGAACAUUUUGGUGAAACAGAGAUUGAAAAAAAUUCGACAUUUACAUGUUGCUAAUGAAUCCUAUUUAUCCCGUGUCCGUUUUUCAUCUGACAAUCACAUCUACACGGAUGAUGUUGGAUUAAUGGAGAGAGUUAAUGUCUCUCAGUUUUUACCGAACCUCAAGUUUUUAUCCCUGAGUCCUGUUCAUGGUGACAAAUGUACUGGUAAAAUGAUGGUCAAUAUUUUGUCAACAACAGCGAACCCGCUGGUUGGAUUUAAGUGUGACACUCAAUGUUGUUCAAGCAAUAUAGUCCAACACUCUGGUCAAGUCCAUGUCGAUGAGAUUGUUAAACACUGUGGCAGUCUCGAGUAUAUGAAUAUAUUGGAUGAAGAUUUUCUUGAAAGUUAUUUCUUUAAAUAUAAAUUCGGACAAAAUUUGAAACACUUUGACUGUUAUUUCAUAUGGUACAUCGAUGAUGAGGAAGAUGAAGAUGAAGAUGAAGAUGUGGAUUAUGAUUCCAGAUUUGAAGAAAUAAAUUUAUUAUGUCGCUACCUAAAGCAAAUGCCAAAUCUUGAAGUUCUGAAUCUGGGAAAACCACUAAUUGAACCUCGUCUUUGGCCUUUACCAAAAAUGAAACUGAAAGAGAUUCGAUUCGAAGACAUAAGAUCGAGUUCGUCAGUCUUCCAGUUCUUGCCUUUGUUUCCUGAUUUACGAACUAUCCGUUUGGAUAUUCUUGAAGUCAAGGAUAAAGGUUUUUCUGAUUCGUAUACGCAUCUGAAUGUUCAAGAUGUAGUUUUGGACAUAUACGAACAAGACUCACCCGUCGGAUUACUGAAUCCAAUUAAAAGUAUUUUGGUCAAGUUCCCUAAUUGUACAAACCUGUACAGCGAUUUCCUACGGACGAUAACUAAAGAAGAUCUUAUCGAGAUAAUCAAAAUCUUGCCGAAUUUAACUCUUAUUGUCUUGAAUAGGAAGAAUUGUGGAGAUGCAAAUACUAUUGAGACACUCGAUAAGUUCUGUAAAUCAGUCGGUCGAAGAAUAAAUUUUAUCUUGUAUGGCGAUUGCCGAACAAGUGAUCCAAGACGGACUCGCUCAUAUACUCACUUUGCAUUGAACGAAGAUGUUGCGAGGCCUUUAAAGAUCGAUAAUGAAUUCUUACAAAACAUCAAAGCUUACCUUUCAGACCCUUGAAUCUAAUUAAAAGUAUUAUGAUCAAGUUCCUUAAUUGUACAAACGUUUGCAUUCAGUUCAUGGAAAGGUUUUCGAUAACUAAUGAAGAUUUGAUCAAAAUUCUGCCGAAUUUAACUCUUUUUUAUCUUGGAUAUUUAAAACGUGGGGGAUGCAAAUACUAAAUGUAUUGAUACAAUUGAUAAAUACUUUAAAUCAACAGGUCGUUGAAUAUCCUUUUACUUGCUUCGCGAUAAUGCACAUGGAAAUUGCACACUUAG